GAUGGCGUUGUGUGUUUCCUCCACUCCAGUCGGUGUAAAUUGACAUUUUGGCCGAGAUUUUGGAUAAAAAUAUUUGGAAAAAUGUCUGGAUUGAUAAAAACCAUUCGUGUUUUAUCUCGAAAUUCGAGUUAUUUACGAACAGUUUCAAUUAGGCCAUUGACUGUCAUUGCGAAUAAACACAAAAAUUAUGAGCAGCCCCCAAUUAGCAGCAACACAGUAUUUGCACCAAUUAGUCAGAGACUGGUAUUGCCACUUGAGCGAUGUUACAGUUCCAAGCCACCGUUGACUUUAAAACUAAUCACAGACCGCGUCCUGUUGGUAUUAAAAUUGUACGAUAAAGUCAAUCCAGACAAGCUCACGCUAGAUUCACAUUUCAUCAACGAUUUGGGGCUUGAUUCUUUGGAUCAUGUGGAGGUGAUCAUGGCGAUGGAGGACGAAUUUGGGUUCGAAAUUCCGGAUGGAGAUGCUGAGAAACUACUAAAACCUGCAGAUAUUGUUAGGUAUGUUGCAGACAAAGAAGACAUUUAUGAAUAGGUUUGUAAUAAAACAGUAGAUAAGGCUUAAUGUUGUGUUUAUGUUUUGGCAUUGUUAUGCCAAAAUUGAACCUCCAUAAUGUAAUUUCAUUUGUUAAUAAAGCGUAAAUUUUAA